AUGUAAUCUAACUAUUCUCCCCUUUACAAAAUCAAGGUUACAUUAGGACCUUAUAUUGUUUAUGAUCAUUCCGUUGAUGAACAAAAAUAAAUUUACGUGGCCUAUAAUGCUGAUUUUGAUAGGAAAUGUUGUGUUAAAAUUAUUGAGAAAAAAGAAGAAAGUAAUAUAGAAACUAUUAUUCAUUAAUAAAUAUCAUUAAUAGUUCAUUAAAAUAUAACAAGAAUCUAUAAUGUAAUAGAAUAGAAGAAUCAUAUUUAUAUUUUUUAAGAAAUUUGUGAAAAGGAUCUUUCACAAUACUAAUUAGAUCCAUCCAACUUAAUUCAAAUUCUAGAUUUCAUUUAUUAAAUCUCAGAUGGAUAUAUAACUUUAUAAAAAAAUGAUAUAAUUCAUAGAGAUUUAAAACCUGAAAAUAUUCUAAUUAAAGAAGAUUUAAAAUAAAAUAGAUUAAUUUACAAAGUAUUUUAUAUAAUUUAAGAGCAAGAUUUGUGAUUUUGGAAUAAGUAAAAUAGAAUAAAGCUGGAGAUUAUAAACACAAUAAAAAAUGGGAACACAAGCUUAUUCAGCCCCAGAAAUUAGACAAUAUUAAUAUAGCUGGGCUGCUGACGCUUAUUCAGUAAUUAAAAUAUUUAUUUAAAGUUUGGUUUAAUUCUCUUAUAAAUCCUUUUAAAAAUAACUUAUGAUUAAUAUUUUAAAAAAUAAAUAGAUUCUUUCCUAGAAUAAAACAGGUUAAAAUAAUGGUUCUUAUAAAAUGAUAAUGUUAAAAACAAAUUUAAAAACCUUAUCAUAUUGGAUUAAUUAAAUGAUGGUAGUAAGAUUAAUCCAUUUCUAUUGGAAAUUUUGGAUAAUCUACUUGUCUGUCAACCAGAAAAAAGAAUAUCAUGGGAAGAACUAAAUAUCAAGGUUAAAAAAAAAUUAAAACAAAUACUUACAAAUCAAAGUGUAUAAAACUUAAUACCUAAUAAUAUUGAAGCAUAAUAAACCAAUCAAAUAUAGCCAAAUUUAUAAGACAAUUAAAUUCCACCAUCUACUUAAACAUAACAAACAUUGUUAAACAAUUAAAUUCCACCAUCUACUUAAACAUAACAAACAUUGUUAAACAAUUAAAUUCCGCCAUCUACUUAAACAUAACAAACAUUGUUAAACAAUUAAAUUCCACCAUCUACUUAAACAUAACAAACAUUGUUAAACAAUUAAAUUCCGCCAUCUACUUAAACAUAACAAACAUUGUUAAACAAUUAAAUUCCACCAUCUACUUAAACAUAACAAACAUUGUUAAACAAUUAAAUUCCGCCAUCUACUUAAACAUAACAAACAUUGUUAAACAAUUAAAUUCCACCAUCUACUUAAACAUAACAAACAUUGUUAAACAAUUAAAUUCCGCCAUCUACUUAAACAUAACAAACAUUGUUAAACAAUUAAAUUCCACCAUCUACUUAAACAUAACAAACAUUGUUAAACAAUUAAAUUCCGCCAUCUACUUAAACAUAACAAACAUUGUUAAACAAUUAAAUUCCACCAUCUACUUAAACAUAACAAACAUUGUUAAACAAUUAAAUUCCGCCAUCUACUUAAACAUAACAAACAUUGUUAAACAAUUAAAUUCCACCAUCUACUUAAACAUAACAAACAUUGUUAAACAAUUAAAUUCCGCCAUCUACUUAAACAUAACAAACAUUGUUAAACAAUUAAAUUCCACCAUCUACUUAAACAUAACAAACAUUGUUAAACAAUUAAAUUCCGCCAUCUACUUAAACAUAACAAACAUUGUUAAACAAUUAAAUUCCACCAUCUACUUAAACAUAACAAACAUUGUUAAACAAUUAAAUUCCGCCAUCUACUUAAACAUAACAAACAUUGUUAAACAAUUAAAUUCCACCAUCUACUUAAACAUAACAAACAUUGUUAAACAAUUAAAUUCCGCCAUCUACUUAAACAUAACAAACAUUGUUAAACAAUUAAAUUCCACCAUCUACUUAAACAUAACAAACAUUGUUAAACAAUUAAAUUCCGCCAUCUACUUAAACAUAACAAACAUUGUUAAACAAUUAAAUUCCACCAUCUACUUAAACAUAGCAAACAUUGUUAAACAAUUAAAUGUUACCAUCUACCCAAAUCACCCCUGGUUAAGAUUUUAUAAAUCAACACACAUCAGAAAAAACCAGAUUAUCUUAAUCGUUAGUUACUCCAAUUCCUUAGUUUCAACAAAAGUAAAACAAUUAGGGAAUGAAUUAAAUUCAAAAUUCACAAAUUAAUAAUGUUUAAAAUAUCUAAUAGGGAAAUCAACAUCCAUAUCAUAAUAAUCGUAUCCAUUAACAAUUAUAAUAACCGAAUGUUUAAAUAAUCUAGGUAAUGACACCCAGACAAAAUAGUACUUUAAAUCCUGAAAUAUAUAAUCAAAAUCAAAGAUUCAUUCCGAUCUAAUAAGUUAGUUGGUUUGGGAAUCCAUAAGCACAAUAGAGAAAAAAUUGAUUAAUGAUUAAAU